AGAGAGAGAGAGAAAUGUCAACGUAUGCGGCAGAGGAUACUUCAUAUAUUUCCCUGCCACAUCAAAACAUUUAAAACAUGUUCCCUCAUGAUAACUGUAGUAGUUAAGACAUGCAGUAACCGUGUGUUAUAUGUAUCGGCUCUCUCCUCAGUCACUAGAUGAGGUUCAUGAGAGGCUGCGCGGUUUCGUUUCAUACUACACACGUCCGUGAGCGUGCGCUGCGCCUGGCUCACUGUACGUGACGUCAAUCCAGCAUGGCGGCCAAGGUGCAAUCUACCAAACGCGGGGACCCAAGUGAGCUGAAAGCAAUCUUCCAGAAGUAUGCCAGUGUUGCAGACAAGGAUGGCGAAAAGUUCAUGACCCCGGGUGACUUUGUCCAGAGGUAUCUAGGACUACACACACAGAUCCACCACAACCCCAAAACCGUACAGCUCAUCGCUGCUGUGGCCGACACCACAAAAGACGGGCUGAUCUCGUUCCAGGAGUUUCUUGCAUUUGAGUCGGUGUUGUGUGCACCCGACACGCUCUUCAUCGUAGCCUUCCAGCUGUUCGACAAGACUGGAACUGGAACCAUUUCCUUUGAGAAUGUGCGGGACAUCUUUGGUCAGACCACAGUGCACCAUCACAUCCCCUUCAACUGGGACUGUGAAUUCAUCCGUCUGCACUUUGGGCACGACAACAAGAAAUGCCUCAGCUACCUCGAGUUCACCCAGUUCCUGCAGGAGCUACAGUUGGAGCAUGCACGCCAGGCAUUCGCCCAAAAGGACAAAGGGAAGAACGGCGUUAUUUCCUCCAUGGACUUCAGCGACAUAAUGGCCACCAUCAGACACCACAUGCUCACACCCUUUGUGGAGGAGAACCUUGUUUCUGCUGCAGGUGGCAGCACCUCUCACAUGGUCAGCUUCUCCUACUUCAACGCCUUCAACUCCCUCCUGAACAACAUGGAGCUGAUUCGCAAGAUCUACAGCACGCUGGCUGGAACGCGGAACGAUACAUUGGUAACCAAAGAGGAGUUUGUUCAUGCUGCCAACAAGUUUGGUCAGAUCACUCCCAUGGAAAUUGACAUCCUGUACCAGUUAUCUGGCCUGCACUCCCCAUCUGGGCGUCUGAAUCUUACUGACAUCGAGAGGAUAGCUCCGUUAGAGGAAGGAUGUCUGCCCUACCACCUGGCUGAAACCCAAAAACAGGCCGGGGACGGUACCAGGCCUGUGUGGCUCCAGGUUGCAGAGUCGGCCUAUAGGUUCACUCUGGGCUCCAUUGCUGGAGCUACUGGAGCGACUGCAGUGUACCCCAUCGACCUGGUGAAGACUCGUAUGCAGAACCAGAGGUCCACAGGAUCCUUUGUGGGAGAAUUGAUGUACAAGAACAGCUUCGACUGUGCUAAGAAGGUGCUUCGUUAUGAGGGCUUCUUCGGCUUCUACAGAGGUCUGGUUCCUCAGCUCAUAGGUGUGGCACCUGAGAAGGCCAUCAAACUCACAGUGAACGACUUAGUAAGAGACAAGUUCACCGGGAAAGACAACACCAUUCCUUUCUUUGCUGAGGUCAUGGCUGGUGGCUGCGCUGGAGGCUCUCAGGUGAUCUUCACCAACCCACUGGAGAUUGUGAAGAUUCGACUGCAGGUGGCAGGAGAGAUCACCACUGGACCUCGAGUCAGUGCGCUCAGCGUGGUUCGUGAUCUGGGCUUUUUCGGCCUCUACAAGGGUGCUAAAGCAUGUUUCCUGAGAGACAUCCCUUUCUCUGCCAUCUAUUUCCCGGCGUAUGCCCACCUCAAGACCAGCUUUGCUGAUGAGCAAGGCAGACUGGGAGCCCUUCAGCUGCUCACUGCUGGAGCGAUUGCAGGUAUCCCUGCAGCCUCCCUCGUGACGCCUGCCGAUGUCAUCAAGACACGUCUGCAGGUUGCAGCAAGGGCAGGACAGACCACCUAUACAGGAGUCAUCGACUGCUUCAGAAAGAUCAUGAGAGAGGAGGGCUUCAGGGCUUUGUGGAAGGGAGCUGGAGCUCGUAUGUGCCGAUCCUCUCCUCAGUUUGGUGUGACUCUGGUGACUUACGAGCUCUUACAGCGGUGGUUCUAUGUCGACUUCGGAGGACACCGUCCAGUAGGAUCCGAGCCCACACCCAAGUCUCGCAUCUCCGAGCUUCCACCCAUCAACGCCGACCAUGUCGGAGGCUACCGCCUGGCUGCAGCGACCUUCGCUGGAGUGGAGAACAAAUUUGGCCUCCAUCUUCCCAAAUUCAAGUCCUCCGGUGUGGUUUCCAUCCAUCACCCAGAGCCAGCCACCGCCACGCCGGCUCAGGACCCAUAGAGAUCUAAAGCUCCAUGUCACCUUCGCCAUCCCUUCUCUCCUCAAACCAGGAGCCAGACACUAGGAUAGAUACACAAGCAACGCAAAAACACGCACAAAUUGAAAAUACACUCCACAAAUAGAGGGCCAUUAACUUAGGAACAAACAACAACAGCAGCUACAGCGUAAAGGCGUGCUGCACUGGUCUCAAACCAGCUGUGGAUGUAAGUAAGCAGACAGCAAACGGGACCAGACGGUUGUAUCUUCAGUGGCUGUACGCUCCUGGAAACUACAUUUUUUUUUUUCAUUUUCUGCGGUGUUUGUAUAAAGCGGAGCCUCUGCACUCCUCUCUUUAUUUCAUGAGUAGCGCAUAUGAUUUUAAUUUGUUUUUCUGUCUGAUACUCAGUUUGAGUAGGACUUCUUGUACUGGACGGCGGGCAUAAUAUAUAUUAGAUUGGUCAGCACGGUGUGUGUGUGUGUGCGGAAAGGGGGCUACACUCUUGCUUGGUCCUCAGACAGGAGGCUAUAUACUGUAUAUAUUGUAUAACUGUACGGAGAGUACAUUUACAGGAAGCAGUGAAACAAAUGUUGGCAAGACAAAGCGUUACAACGUCCAGUUACUGUCAUGUCACGGUGACACGGGGCCUCUGGUCCUGGGUCCCCUGAGAAUCGCUCUUACUGAUGUACAGAACUUUUCAAUUCAGUGUUUUCUUGGUGAAACAAGAAUCAUGAGCAGAGAAUUAGGUUAAUAAAUUAAAUGUAUCUAAAUUCAGUCAUUGUAUUUUAUUGAAAUAAAUCAUCCAUAUGGUUUUAAUUUUAA